UCCCAUCACAACUUAGUCACAUCCUACGACGAUUACCUUCGCGAAAAAACUCUCCAGUAAUGCUGGCUAUUUUCAUUCGGAAGUGGAAUAUUUCCGUUUAAACCUUCUGCGUGGAAAUAUUCGAUUUAUUGUGUAUGGUAACUCGGUUAAAUUACAAAGGUGUGAUUGCUGAAUCAUUUCGUGUGGACGUGUUAGACCAGAAAACAUCACAGGCGGAUAAAUUUCCAUUGUCAAGAUCUUCGAUAGCAUUCAUUUUUCGUGCUGCGUUGGAAGAAAUUUUCAGUAGUGUAAAUGAAGACAAGGGUCGCGGCCCUCUAACAAAGCAGAUCUUUUGGAAGGCGUUAAAAAAUUUUGCUUAGUCUUACUGCAAUUCAAAACUGAACAGAUAAUAGAAGAGUCAUCACUUAUUCCUUGUCUUUUCUGAUUUGGCCUCGCAGCUAGGUCCAAAUAGGUUAGACGUAUACUAAAAUACUAAGUGGCCUAAGCUAAAACAUAUUUUCGGGCCAGGCGGAUUCAAGCGAGCAGCAAACAAUAGCAAUGGGUACACGUGAUGAUGAAUAUGACUAUUUAUUCAAAGUUGUUCUGAUUGGUGAUUCCGGCGUUGGAAAGAGUAAUUUGCUUUCAAGAUUUACUAGGAAUGAGUUUAAUUUGGAGUCGAAAUCCACCAUUGGCGUUGAAUUUGCUACUAGAAGUAUAGAGGUUGACGGAAAAACAAUUAAAGCGCAGAUAUGGGACACUGCCGGCCAAGAACGCUACCGUGCUAUAACGUCGGCCUACUACCGUGGAGCCGUUGGAGCACUACUAGUGUAUGAUAUAGCAAAGCAUCUAACCUAUGAGAAUGUGGAACGAUGGCUGCGUGAGCUGCGUGACCACGCUGAUCAGAAUAUUGUGAUUAUGCUGGUCGGUAACAAAAGCGAUCUACGGCAUUUGCGUGCCGUUCCCACAGACGAGGCGAAAGGGUUCGCGGAGAGGAAUGGCCUCAGCUUCAUUGAAACAUCGGCACUCGAUUCAACAAACGUCGAAACUGCAUUCCAGAAUAUACUCACAGAAAUCUAUCGAAUUGUAUCACAAAAACAAAUACGAGACCCACCAGAUGGCAGCGUAAUUAGACCAAAUCUGGAAAACAUCGACGUGAAGCCGACUAGUCCCGCGACUGAUUCGGUACGAAAACAAUGUUGCCAGUGACCGCCACAAGCAGAUUCAACACGAACUGUAAGUUCUGCUAUAGAUACAACUGCAAAAAGAGAAACUAGAACUGCUAUUACAACUUCAUCUACUAAAACCAAUACUAUUGCUACUAUUAUUAUUACUGUUGCAACAAACAUCAAUAAUAAUGAUAAGAUAUGUCUUAAUGGUAAUAAUAGUUUCAGUGAUAUGCUUUUGAUUUGAAAUACAAAAUAGAACAAAUAAAUAAUGAAAAUGAAAUGUUAAGCACCUUUACCCCCAAAAAAAGUAGUCAAAUUGGGAAUAAGAUAAAUACCAGCUAAUCGAAUAAAGCAAACUACUAUUAUUCCUCCUUAAAAUUUCGAAAACUACCUUUUCAGCGGUUCUAGAUGUCAAUCUUUUGGACGAAUAAAAAAACUUGUUAUUUUUGUAACAUGGAGUGCUAUAUUCCUUUUGCAGGGUUUUGAUUAUUAACUUCAUUAUUGUAUACUGUGUAUCGUAUUUCGAUCGGGUUAGUCCCCCAUUAGAUUUUGCUGGCCAAUUAAAAAGUACCAAGUUUUCGAGUUUCAAUGAAUUCUAAAUAAUUAGGAAUCAAUUUUUUUAAUCCUACAAAUAGCAGUUACUAUCAGUUUAUUUCUUUUUUAGUAAAUUUUUGUUCUUUCGCAUUAAGAUACUAAAAUUUACCUUUUUGGAAUGAUCAGACCCUGUAAUCAUUCGGUUGGAAACACUAUACUUUAUUUUAAAGAAUGAUACCGCGUGUCUUUUCCCAAAUCGAAUUAACCUUUAAACUAUAACAAAUCACUAACGUGGUUUUCAUUUCGAUAGACUGUAAAAAAUGAUGUUACUGCACAGAAACCAGCUUAAGUACACCAAUAUGUAACAUUGACACGUACUAACAUCCAUUCAAAACUAUAUCCGCAGGCUACAAACUCCUCGGGAUUAUGUUUGUUACGAUAAAGUCCGAUUAGUUUGAAACAUGAACUUAGUUAUUUGUAACAACUUGCAAUGCACUGUACUGUAACAUUUCAGUGGAAUAAGCAAACAAACAAGUCAGCUGGUAGAAAAUUUCGUCUUAGGGGCAAAAACAGCUUAAAGGCAAGAAACAAAACAAGUUAUGAAACAAAUGAUGUUAUGUUGAAGAUCAAUACUAGAUUAAGAACACGCAAAAUAAGUAAGUGAUAUGCUGAGCUGAAAAAAGAGUAUCAUUAUUUUAUCAUAAUUUGCGAUUAUUAAAAUAAUGAAAACAAAAAUAUUUUGAAAUCCUGCAAAUGGGUAUGAUCUAGGAUUUUUGCGUCUUAUUUCUGGUUCACUUUCGUCAAUUUAAUUGUUUUGAAAAGUUUUAAUACAAUAAAGGAGUACAUUGGAUGCAUUACCGCUUGCCGUUAAUGUUAAGUAAGUCGUUUUCCAUUUACAAAGUUCGUGUUUGCAUCUUUUUUUACUUGGCUUGUGCUAUAUGGCCGGUGGAAUGGCAUAACUGGCCCAUGUUAUAGUUUAUCAUUUUCGAUAUUUUGUUGUCUAACGUUUUAAUUUGGUAUGUAUUUUUAAAAUAUGAAUUGAAAACAUUCUGUUUAACUAGAAAAACUCGAAAAAAAAUUUGGAGACAAUUUUUCCUAUUGAAAAAAUGGACAGUUAUUUGUCUCACUGCAAACGUUAUUUCAUAUAAAAUGUUUUCAAGUUGUAUACAAAAUUGAUGAAAGUUUUCCAACAGUUUUCAAAGAUGGACAAAUAAUAACAUCCAAACUAAAUAAUUUUAGAAAAAUCAGUUUUUCAACUCUGAGCGCGAUUUUCUCAUUUUCAUGUUUUUAAAUGGGACAGAUAUGCUUCCAGCGGCAGUAUAACUAUUACCAUGAAAUAGGAAAUAGCGAAGCAACUCGUUCUCUAUAAUUCGAUUUUAAGGUAUGUACACAACUUAAUGUAUAUUGCUUUUUACGCAAGAAAAUAUCAAACUUCUUGUUUCAUUUGCAUGCGCUAGUUUUGGCAAACUUUGGUAUAUCAAUUAAAAUUAAGUGCUUAUAAUUAUAGAUAGUAGAGCAAUCAUAGAUAAGCGGAGGCGCCUUCUCGCAGAACUAGUAACAAUGGCCUUUCAGCAACGCUGCAAAAUUCUCAAGAGACGCAUGAGACAUAACUAUGUUAUGCUUGUUUUAACAGUUCGUUUGGAUACAACGGAAUCAUCUUUGUUUGUCUAUGUAAUACUCUACUACCUAUACCUACGAUUAGUUACACAAUAGUGGUUUUUAUUGUGCUGAUAGUUUGCACUUUGAUUUCAUUCAGAAUCAAAGAUUGCUUUUCAUCCUUUUUAUACAAAAAUUGACAACAGUUCUUCUGCUAACCCGUAAAUAAAUGUGCUUGGAAGACAUUUUUUUUUAAUUUGGAUCGAGGGAUUCUAGAAUAGAUAACAAAACAGGUAAUUCUAGACAUUACUAAACGUUCAAAAUUCUUUUCGUAAAGUAAAGUUUGAAAUUAACAAUAUGUCCUGACAAAUCAUCUCUAAAAUUGAUGCAGAAGCAAUCAUUUUUUUUAAAUUGACGAAAGCCUGCAACCAGGUUAUGUUGAACUAUAAUUGAUUUAAAGUUUACUAUGAAAACUAUUACACUCUAUUAAACAAUAUAGGUACUAUAUUAUAUUAC